GGGAGGCGUCGUAGUGGUAGCUGCGGUGGUGGAGCUAGCUAUGGAGCACGUGACGGAGGGUUCCUGGGAGUCGCUCCCGGUGCCGCUGCACCCGCGGGUGCUGGGUGUCCUGCGGGAGCUGGGUUUCCCGUACAUGACGCCGGUGCAGUCAGCAACCAUCCCUCUGUUCAUGAAAAACAAAGAUGUUGCUGCAGAAGCGGUCACAGGUAGUGGCAAAACACUCGCUUUCAUCAUCCCCGUCCUGGAAAUUCUCCUGAGAAGGGAAGAGAAGUUAAAAAAGAGUCAGGUUGGUGCCAUAAUCAUCACACCCACGCGAGAGCUGGCUGUUCAGAUAGAUGAGGUCCUGUCGCAUUUCAUGAAGCCCUUCCCACAGUUCAGCCAGAUUCUCUGGAUCGGAGGCAGGAAUCCUGGAGAGGAUGUUGCGAGGUUUAAGGAACAUGGUGGGAACAUCAUUGUGGCAACCCCAGGCCGCCUGGAGGACAUGUUCCGAAGGAAGGCAGAGGGCCUGGAUCUGGCCAGCUGCGUGAGGUCCCUGGAGGUCCUGGUGUUGGAUGAAGCGGACAGGCUUCUGGAUAUGGGGUUCGAGGCGAGCAUAAACACCAUCUUGGAGUUUUUGCCGAAGCAGAGGAGAACGGGCCUCUUCUCGGCCACUCAGACACAAGAAGUGGAGAACCUGGUGAGAGCAGGCCUCCGGAACCCUGUGCGCAUCUCGGUGAAGGAGAAGGGCGCGGCGGCCAGCAGCACGCAGAAGACCCCCUCCCGCCUGGAGAACUACUACAUGGUAUGUAAGGCAGAUGAGAAAUUUAAUCAGCUGGUACAUUUUCUUCGAAAUCAUAAGCAGGAAAAACACCUGGUCUUCUUCAGCACUUGCGCCUGCGUGGAGUACUAUGGAAAGGCUCUGGAGGCCCUGGUGAAGGGCGUGAAGGUAAUGUGCAUUCACGGAAAGAUGAAAUAUAAGCGCAAUAAGAUCUUCACGGAGUUCCGCAAAUUGCAAAGUGGGAUUUUAGUGUGCACUGACGUGAUGGCCCGAGGAAUAGAUAUUCCUGAAGUAAACUGGGUUUUGCAGUACGACCCUCCCAGCAAUGCCAGUGCCUUUGUGCAUCGCUGUGGCCGCACAGCCCGCAUUGGCUGCCGCGGCAGCGCGCUUGUGUUUCUCCUUCCCAUGGAAGAGUCGUACGUCAGUUUCCUUGCAAUUAACCAGAAAUGCCCCCUGCAGGAGAUGAAAGUCCAGGAGAACACAGUAGACCUCCUUCCAAAGCUCAAGUCCAUGGCCCUGGCUGACAGAGCUGUGUUUGAAAAGGGCAUGCAAGCUUUUGUGUCGUACAUCCAGGCUUAUGCAAAGCAUGAGUGUAACCUCAUCUUCAGAUUAAAGGAUCUCGAUUUUGCAAGUCUUGCUCGAGGUUUUGGCCUGCUGAGGAUGCCCAAGAUGCCAGAGCUGAGAGGAAAGCAGUUUCCAGAUUUCGUGCCUGUGGACGUCAGUACAGACACCAUUCCAUUUAAAGAUAAAAUCAGAGAAAAGCAGAGGCAGAAGCUAUUGGAGCAACAAAGAAAAGAGAAAACAGAAAAUGAAGGGAGGAGAAAAUUCAUAAAAAAUAAAGCUUGGUCAAAGCAGAAGGCCAAAAAGGAAAAGAAGAAAAAACGGAAUGAAAAAAGGAAAAGGGAAGAGGGUUCUGAUAUCGAAGAUGAGGACAUGGAAGAACUUCUUAAUGACACAAGGCUCUUGAAAAAGUUUAAAAAAGGCAAAAUUACUGAAGAAGAACUCGAGAAGGGGCUGUUGACAAGUGGCACAACAUCAGUCAAGACAGCAGAUUUGGGGAUCUCAGAUUUGGAAGAUGACUGCUGAUUCCUGCCGCUCAAGCGAAAUGCACGAGAGCAACGGGAAUGCCAGGAGCUGCCCUGCGCUCACAGAUAGCUUGUGCUUGCGUCUACUGAACAGCAGAACUUCAGCAGACGUCUGGGAAGAACCACCUCUCCCAAAGCUGCUGUUGCAGACGGCGGAGAUGUGAGGGGUUUCACGCUCAUGAAUAUUUUAUGAAAAACAUACCAGCCUUUGGAGUCUAACAGAAGAAAAUGUAAAUUAACUGAGUGUAAAUAACAGAUGUCAAUAUUUAUUUUGAUGGGUUACUCAAAGAGCUCAUUUUUUGGUGGCUAUUUUAUACUUAUU